GAAGGCGGGGGGAGGGGGGGUGGUGUCCCCGGCCGGUUCGGGGGUGCGUUGCCCGGAGACGGAAAGUUUGGGAGCCAGAGCAGGCUCGGCGGCGGGCCCGGGGAGGGGGUCCGGGGGGCGGCGGCGCUGGGGAUGGGGAAGGAGCAGGAGCUGCUGGAGGCGGCCCGCACCGGGCACCUCCCGGCUGUGGAGAAGCUGCUGUCCGGGAAGCGGCUCUCCUCGGGCUUCGGCGGCGGCGGCUCCGGGGGUGGCGGCGGAGGUGGCUCCGGGGGCGGCGGCGGCCUCGGCUCCUCCAGUCACCCGCUCUCCAGUCUGCUCAGCAUGUGGAGAGGGCCAAACGUGAACUGCGUUGACAGCACUGGCUACACACCGCUGCACCACGCCGCCCUGAAUGGCCACAAGGACGUGGUCGAGGUUCUCCUGCGGAAUGAUGCGCUGACCAACGUGGCUGACUCUAAAGGCUGUUACCCUCUGCACCUGGCGGCCUGGAAAGGAGACGCCCAGAUAGUGCGCUUGCUCAUCCACCAGGGGCCCUCACACACCAGAGUCAACGAACAGAAUGCUCUUGAGAUCAAAGCACUCAAAAAAUACGGCCCCUUUGACCCUUAUAUCAAUGCCAAGAACAACGACAACGAGACGGCCCUGCAUUGCGCUGCGCAGUAUGGCCACACGGAGGUGGUAAAGGUGCUCUUGGAGGAGCUCACAGACCCCACCAUGCGCAACAACAAAUUCGAGACCCCUCUGGACCUGGCAGCACUCUAUGGGCGGCUGGAGGUGGUGAAGAUGCUGCUGAACGCCCACCCCAACCUCCUGAGCUGCAACACCAAGAAGCACACGCCUCUGCACCUGGCGGCGCGGAACGGCCACAAGGCGGUGGUCCAGGUCCUCCUCGAUGCUGGCAUGGAUAGCAACUACCAGACGGAGAUGGGCAGUGCUUUGCAUGAGGCUGCUUUGUUUGGCAAGACCGAUGUGGUGCAAAUCCUGCUGGCUGCAGGAAUUGAUGUCAACAUAAAAGAUAAUCAUGGACUGACUGCCCUCGACACUGUCCGGGAACUGCCUUCUCAGAAGAGCCAGCAGAUAGCAGCACUUAUUGAAGAUCACAUGACUGGAAAAAGAAGUGCAAAAGAUGUAGAUAAAACCUCCACACCCCAACCACCUCUCCUCUCCAGUGUGGACUCCGUAGCACCGAAGUCUCAGGGUGACGUGGAGAAGGCGGUGACUGAGCUGAUCAUCGAUUUUGAUACCAGCGCUGAAGAGGAGGGACCCUACGAGGCGCUGUACAACGCUGUCUCCUGCCACUCGCUAGACAGCUCGGCCAGCGGGCGGUCGUCGGACCGAGAGUCCACGAGCAAGGAGGCCGAGGCUGCAGGCAGCAGGACUGCUGGAGUGAGGCCUAGAGAACGUCCGCCACCUCCAGCAAAGCCGCCGCCGGAUGAAGAGGAGGAAGACCGCAUAGAUAAGAAGAGCAGAGCUGUCAGACUCACCCAGAAGUCCUGCAGAAAUUUCAGCCCACCGUCCCACGUGGGAAGCAAGGCAGGCACGCGCCUCCAGGUCCUGGCCUUGCGACCCAGAACUCAGGGGAGCGCAGUCAGGGAAGAGGACGAGCACCCUUAUGAGCUGCUCCUAACUGCAGAGACAAAGAAGCUGGUGUCAGCAGACGGAAAGACGAAAGGCUGGACCGGAGGGUGCUGCGUUUCACACUGCAGUUGGGAAGGAGCCCGUCAGCUGCAGGCACUAGGCCUUGUGCAGGGCAGAACCAGUGCUCCUUUCUGUCUGAAGAGCGUCCGUGGUUCUGACCACAGGCAAAGCAGCGGCAGCCGGAGCCAGGACUCUGUGGAGGGGCAGGACGGGCAGGUCCCCGAGCAGUUCUCAGGUCUCCUCCACGGCUCCUCCCCGGUGUGCGAGGUGGGGCAGGACCCUUUCCAGCUGCUGUCUGCCACGGGCCAGAGCCAUCCGGACGGGUCCCCGCAGCAGGGCGCCUGCCACGAAGCCAGCAUGCAGCUGGAGGAGGCGGGUGUGCACACUCCCGGAGUCGCCCAGCCCAGCAGCCUGGACCAGAGCAAGAGAACAGGCUACCCAGCAGGCCUGCCCUCUGCCAACAGCCGAUCGCACCCCGAAACUUUGACUCACACCGCGCCCCCGCACCCUGCUGGUGCCGAGGAAGAAGGAGAGCGGAGCGGGGCCAGAAGCCGAGCCCCUCCCACCAGCAAACCCAAAGCUGAGCUCAAACUCAGCCGCAGUCUGUCCAAGUCUGACUCUGAUCUCCUGACCUGCUCACCCACGGAGGACGCCACGAUGGGGAGCCGGAGCGAGUCUUUGUCCAACUGUAGCAUCGGGAAGAAGAGGCUGGAGAAGUCGCCCUCCUUUGCCUCGGAGUGGGAUGAGAUUGAGAAGAUCAUGAGUUCAAUUGGAGAAGGGAUCGAUUUUUCUCAGGAACAGCAGAGGAUCUCAGGUUCGCGGACGCUGGAGCAGAGCGUCGGGGAGUGGCUGGAGGCCCUCGGGCUGCAGCAGUAUGAGAGCAAGUUGCUUCUGAAUGGCUUUGACGAUGUCCGCUUCCUGGGGCCUAACGUGAUGGAAGAGCAGGACCUGCGGGAGAUCGGCAUCAGCGACCCCCAGCACCGGCGGAAGCUGCUCCAGGCUGCACGCUCCCUACCCAAGGUAAAGGCCCUGGGCUACGAUGGGCACAGCCCCCCAUCAGUGCCGUCCUGGCUGGACUCCCUGGGGCUGCAGGACUAUGUCCACUCCUUCCUGUCCAGUGGCUACAGCUCCAUUGACACUGUGAAGAACCUCUGGGAGCUGGAGCUGGUCAAUGUCCUGAAGGUGCACCUGCUGGGCCACCGCAAGCGCAUCAUCGCCUCCCUGGCAGACAGGCCCUACGAGGAGCCGCCGCAGAAGCCGCCACGGUUUUCCCAGCUGCGAUGCCAAGACCUGCUGUCCGAGACCUCGUCCCCGCUGAGCCAGAACGACUCCUGCACCGGGCGGUCGGCAGACCUGCUGCUGCCUCUGGGGGACACAAGCCGGAGGCGGCAUGACAGCCUUCAGGACCCUGCCGCCCCAUCUCGAGCCGAGCGCUUCAGAGUCCAGGAAGAGCCCCGUGAGGCCAAGCUGACCCUGCGGCCACCCAGCCUGGCCGCCCCCUACGCCCCCGUGCAGAGCUGGCAGCACCAGCCGGAGAAGCUCAUCUUUGAGUCCUGUGGUUACGAGGCCAACUACCUGGGCUCCAUGCUCAUCAAAGACCUUCGAGGGACAGAAUCCACUCAAGACGCCUGUGCCAAGAUGCGGAAAUCCACGGAGCACAUGAAGAAGAUCCCCACCAUCAUCCUCUCCAUCACGUACAAAGGGGUCAAGUUCAUCGACGCUUCCAACAAGAAUGUCAUCGCGGAGCACGAGAUCCGGAACAUUUCCUGUGCAGCCCAGGACCCAGAGGACCUGUGCACCUUCGCCUAUAUCACCAAGGACCUGCAGACCAGCCAUCACUACUGCCACGUCUUCAGCACAGUGGACGUGAACCUGACGUACGAGAUCAUCCUGACGCUGGGCCAGGCGUUUGAGGUGGCCUACCAGCUGGCCCUGCAGGCCCAGAAGUCCAGGCCGAUGGGGACCACCGUGGCUGAGAUGAUCGAGACAAGAGCUUCCAAGCCGGUGCCUAAGCCCCGGGUCGCCGUGAGGAAGUCCGCGGUGCCGCUGCCCCCCGAUAGUCGCUGUUGUUACUGUCACACCUGCACCACCCACCGUCCUUCCUACCUUCCGCUGCCGUCCGUUAGUCCCGGAGUCAAGCUGGAACCACCCGACACGGACCAGGAGGUCCCGUCCCAUGCCAGUGUCUCCUGGAUUGUGGACCCAAAGCCAGACGCUAAGCGGAGCCUCAGCACCAAGUAUGAGACCACUAUCUUCUAACAGCCCGCCCUGUCUCCCAGUCUCACUGUGCCUUUGCCACUGGGCUUUCUGCUGUCUCAGCUCCUCCGGCCGUGCUGCCUCGGCCCGGGCCUCGCCCCGCUCCGUGGGGACCCGCGCUCCUCCCCGCAGCAGCUGCCAGCACCACACUCACAGCUCUUUACCUACACCACCGAACACUGUGAAUCCUCCCCUGGGCUGAGGACGGCGGGGGGCGAGUGGCCUUUAAGGUGGGCACUGAGGGGAGCCUCUGCACAGGCACUGUGGACCCUGAGGGUGGGCGCACCCCCGUCUCUGUCCUGAGCCUCGGCUGGGGCCACGCGCUGACUGUUCACCUCCUGACACAACCAACCGCUGUGACCACGGGGAGAGCCCCCGCCCCGCUCACAGCUGGCUGCUCCCAGGUGCUGGCCUCUCGCGGAGGCCCUCGGCCCAGUGACGUGGCCUGCCUAGGCAGACUGCUUGCUCUGAGGGCCAAAGGUCUGGGCCAGGCCGGUGGGCACAUGUUGGCUGCUUAGCAGGUUCCUGGGUCCCAGCAGGCCACCCGCGCCAUGGCACUAGGAUGCAAAUGUGGUUAGCCCCUUCCGUCUGCACCACUGUACCCCGCGGCCCUACAGGGUCAGCUGGGGGAGGCCUGUGCCCUGCAUGAGCACCUUCUACCCUCACGGAAUGCCAGGGGCCUGGGCCACACCUUGCAGUCCGCCGGAGCUUUCUGCCACCUUCCCCGUGUGGGGCGCGAGAUAGGCCCAGCAGCCGCUGCCCCGGGGCUGUGAGCUGGAGCAGCAGGGUGGGUAGUGACGAGGACAGCGAGGCUCCGGCAGGAAGCCGUGCAGAGGGAGCACCCCCCGGGCGGAAGCCAGAGUGGUAGCAUCAGCAGCAGGGAGAGAGCCGGGGCAGGCCCUCGGCACCCACCUGGCCUGUGCCUUCCCCAGCAGGUGCCCGGGCCGUGGCGGGCGCUCCGGGGGGCUGUGAGGGACCCUCUGCCCUGCUUCUGUGCGCCCUUUGGUCUCCUCCGCCUUGUCCUGGCCCUGUUGUAACCCUGUCCUCCCCCCGUUGUUUGCUUCUGCCAAGCUGAGCCACGAGGAGCCUCCCUGCUGCGGAAACACAGACGUGGGGAGCGCAGGCUCCUGCCCCCAUCGCGGCGCGGGCUGCAGCUCCGAAGACCAGGCCCUGCCCGCCCGCGGGCCCUGCUCCCAGGCGCAGCCUGGCCCCUGGCCGAUGAGACUGGAACUGCAGAAGGUCAAGACGUGACUUGUCCAGAAUACAUGUUUUUAGUCGAAAAAAUUUUUUUAUAAAAUGAACUUUUAACACUUGGCUCAAAGCUCUAGGUAAACUGCCAAUCCUUAGACGAUCACGGGGUCGGAGGACGGGAGCGGAGGUUGGCCAGCAGGGUAGUCCGCACAGCCAUUUUCAGAGUGGGGAGCAGAGACGGGCAGGCGUGGCGGGGCUGAGCGCGUGUCUGCGAGGCGGCUUUUCAGACCCCGCCAAGGCAGCGUCUGUUCAAACUGCCCGACUUCCGGUCCCUGUUUGGAGCUGCUCGGGCUCUUCGGUAAGAGCACAGCCUCAGACACCUGACCAAAGCAGACUUCUGGUCUGUUUCCGGGGCUCCAGAUGUGAAGGUGUGGUGGCCCCCUGGAGAAAAGCAAUAGUUCUUGGUGCCAGGAAGCCAGGGCUGGUCCAGGAGCUCCUCCACGGCUCACCUGAUAGGCUGCGCGCCCUGGAAUCAGCUGCCAAGCGAUUUUGCUCCAGUGAAGUCCCGUUGGUGGCAAGUCAGAAGGGAGAGCGGGCAGCUGUUCUGGGCAUGAGUGGUAGGCCGGCAGACAUGGCCACUUUCCACCUUGUGACUCACCUGGUCAGGUCUGUGUGAUGAGGCCGUUCUGAGUCCCCGAAUCGCUGGGAUGACUGUUGUAUUCUCCGCUGCUGGGCUCUUCCCUGGCUCACGGCGUGGAAGAGGCCAGAUGAGGCCAGUUGGUUUGAUCCCCGAAGCUGUGGCCUUGAUGGCAGGCUGGUGUCCUGGCAUUGGCCCCUGCGUAACCUGCCUGCCGGCUCGCUCUGCUUUCAGCCACAGGGGCUUCCUUCUUGCCUCAAGGACAAGGAGCUGGCCCUGUAGGCAGUGAGGUCAAGCCGGGGUGGUCCCUUGUUCCCUGGGGUUUCCCUGGGCCUGCUCCUUCGGGUCCCAGGAGGAAUCUCCCAGGUGCAGAGCUUUUACAACCUCUAGUGCAGCCCGCAGUGAGUGGGAGGAGGGCUGAGUGCCCGUGUACUGGGGUGCAGCCCCCAUACUGGAGGCAGGGGUUGUCCUCCGAACCUAGGUACUAACGGGCCCUGACACCUUGAGGCUGCACCUCAUUGCCCGCCUCGCUGGCCUGUAAGGGUCCCGCAGCUCAUCCUUGCAGGAGUCUGGGGCCGCUGGGUCAGCCGCCCCUGCAGGCGGGCGGAGUCCCGGGAAACUAAGACACUACAACGAGCUCCUCACACUGUAUCUGUCUUUAAAUCACAUGUAGGCAUUUCCCCUUGAAGCUGCUAUAUCUCCAUUAUUUAUUCAGGGUGUUUUCUUGUCGGAAAGCCUUGGCGAGUCUGCGCUGGCUCUGGGUCUUAUUUUGAGACUGAGGUUGGUUUAUUUCGAAUGUUCGAGGAGGAACAGUGACUGGACCUCUCUGGCUCUGGCUCGCUCUCUCGCUCCCUCCCCACUCCUGAAAGGGGCAGUGUGACCGCAAGGGCAGGCUCCGGGAAGGCCUGUCCCGCACUGCUCUGCGUGCAGGUCACGGCGUGGCAGCCGCCCUGGGCGAGGGCUCCCACUCGCCGCCUCGCCCCCGCCAGCUCUGCCUUCGGCACCGCCAGCCUCAGGUCUGGGUCUGACCUGAGCAGCAGCGCCAGGCAGAGCGGCCGUCGCCAGGACCUGCGUAGGCCUGCAGAGCGCAGGCCCCAGGGCCCUGUGGUUCCUGCGGUGGCAAUGGACUGAAUUGUAAUAAAAAUGUUAUUUAAUCUUCGUCUCUGUAUUUUGAUACUUGAAUGAUUUCCCUUUUGUUUUACUGUACAUAUAAUUGUUAAUCUGAUUUUGUCUGAAUUAUAAACAUCUUGUGGUACCAAACAUAACCAAUCUGUGCAACAACAUAGACUGACCUCACUACACACGAGAGUGUAAAUUGUCCUGGGCUUCCAGCUUUGGUUUUGUUAUUUUCAUAACUGUACAACUUAGACCGAAUAAAUGAGAAACAACGUAAA